AUGAAGCUUAAUGCUAUUAUUUUUACCUACAUCAGUCCAGUAAAUGCAGCAUUGAUAAUAAUAUUAAACAUACUUGAGAUUGUAGUGAUGUUCAAGACUAAUAUGCAGAGGGUCUUGUCUCCUUCUUUGGUGUUUAUUCUAAAUUUAUCCAUCUCCGAUAUAAUGGUCGGGUUUAUGAUCAUCAUGGUUAAAGUGUUCGCAUUUCUUUUAAAAACAAAGUACAAAGGAAAUAAAGUUCUUUUGGAAUCCCUUCAUGUGACUAAAAACUUCAUGUUGAGGUUGUCAUUGCUGCUCUCAGUUUUAAAUCUUAUGACUUUUACAGUUGUAAGAAUGCUUGCAGCGAGAAAGCCAUUGUUUUACAGAAAGAUCACAAGGAGAAUUGCCAUUAACAUUUGUUACUGCAUCUGGCUUGUCGCUCUGGUUUUUGUCACUGGUUACUAUUGUGCCAUGAAAUUUACUCUAACAGUAGAGGAAAAUAACAAAUUUGAAACCAUUUUGUUUCCCCUGUCAACGUACGUGGUAUCGCUUGGUUUUUGUUACUGCUAUUGGAGCAUAUAUGCAUCAAUAAGAGAGCAGAAAAGAAAACUUGCCAAAUCAGACAUAACCUGGACAAAUCUAUCGGAACCAUCAACAUCUAAUUGGGUAAAGGAGAAGAAAUCAAAACAGAAAAAAAACAAAAUGUUAGAUAACGAAAGGAAAAUUCUACGAAUUGCUGUGUUGUCUGUCUGUGCCUUUAUGGCUUGCUGGCUACCCUUAUCUACAUUUGCACUAAUAAAAGCCAGCGGUGCGCUGGAUGGCUGGAAAUACGCACUGGACGUGGAGUAUGUGUUUUUUACUUUGGCUUUUGUGAACUCCAUAUUGGAUCCAUUUAUCUACAUGUUGAUAUCCCAUGAUUGCAAGAAAUAUAUUGCCAAGUUAUUCAAGAGAGAACCUGACACAGAAACAAUAACCAUAACACUCUCUUCAUUAUAA